AUUUUAUUAUUAUUUUAGAAUAUAGUUUAUGUGCAUAUAUAUAUAAUUUAUAUAUAUAUAGACUAUUCCGAAAUGGUAUACGAAACGAUACUGGUACCGAAAUAUUUCGUUUCAGUACCUUGACCGGUAUAGUCUCCGGUACGAUAUUCAAAACUUAGGUAGAAAAUCAACAGGGCUAUUGUGCUGGCAGUCGAGAGAAGCUUCCUUCCACCUCAUAGCAGUCGAUAGAUUCUUUUCCUAGUUGUUCCAUUCAUCCCUCUAGCUUUCAUAUCUUGGUGAUUUGAAGCCAUUCCUAGUUCCUCGAAUGAUUUCCCUAUUCUCAAUAGUACUCUUAUCAUUUUUUUUUUCUCCUAUCCCCUCAAAGUUCCUUGGAAUCAACUCUUGCCAUUUUUUAAUUUUUUUUCCCUCCCAGAACUAGCUAGAAACAAAACUCAUUGCAGUUUUACUUCUGCACUUGAAUUUAACUCAUAAUUAAGGGGAUAAGUAAGGAAUAAUAGGAAAAUGGGAGUCAAAAGUGUCCAACAUUGUUGAAGUUGUAUUUUUCUAAAGGCAAGAUGCCGUGGUUGUAUUAUGUUAAAACAAAAAAAAAAAAAAGGAUUUUAGGUGAGUUAUUUUGUUUAUAGGGGUACUGGCUGCUAUGUUUGACUCGAUAAUGGGUUUAAGCUUUAACUGGUUACAGUCCUUCCUCGUCUUUGAGCUAAAAAACAGAGCUAGCAAAUCAAGAGUUCGUGCAGGGAACGCUUUAGAAAUAUAAAGAGCUUUCACUAUAUAUUAGAAUAGAAGCGUUGCUCUAGAUAUAUUAAGUGCAGAUCACCCAAUUCUGAAUUGACAGGAAGUGUAUGUUAACGUCCCAAUAGAAGCAUCUCUUUGAAAAAUGUAUGCUCUCAACUUCGUCUACGCCAACUAGUUUUAUUAUUAGGCUUCAGCAGAAUUGAAACCCAUAUCAUCUCCAUCUUUUCCAUUUUCUACUUCUGAUUACUUUUGAUCUCUCUCUCUCUCUCAACACACAAAAUGCAUACUUCUUUCCAACCAUCACCUUGACCUUCAUGAUUAUAGCCAUACCCGUAAUCCACUUCCCAUCAUGUUUGCACGCAAAUGAUAAUGAGCAGUACGCAAAUGCACCGAACGAUUUGACUGUGCAUGUGCUAAGGGCAUCGGCUAUCCUUUCUGGGGAUCAAAUCGGCCGGACUAUUGUGGUUACCCAGGUUUUGAGUUGGACUGCAGCGGUGACGAUCCGCAUAUCAACAGAACGUUCAUCAAGUACCGAGUCCUUCAAAUCGAUAAGGAGUCGAUGAUAGACUCUCAAGGUUGCUAGAGCGGAUUACCGGAACAGGAUUUGUCCUCCUACGAUUGUUAAUACCACCAUAAAUUUCUCCAUCUUUUCUUAUCCUCUGAAUCUUGUGGACUUGACGCUCUACUACGGGUGUUCGUCAUCUUCUUCGUACACUCUAUUACUUCAGUUUGAUCAGAUGGCUAUACGGUUUAGCUGCCCCAUAAAUGGUAGUACAGGGGCUAUCAUCUACUAUUUGAGCUCGAUUCCUGAUUUAGUGGGGGCGUGCAAGUACAACGUUAAAGUUCCAGUUGUGGCAUCAGCAGCAGCAGCAGCUAUAAAUUUAACUGAAGAGGCACUGAUUGAAGCUAUUGACGGGGGAUUUAUGUUGGAGUGGAAUGCAAGUAAUGGCAUCUGCGAUGGAUGCCAAAGGUCCGGUGGGCUGUGUGGAUUCAACACAAGCACUAAUGCUUUUGCUUGCCACUGUGCAAGUGGGACUCUUCCGUUCACGUGCGGAUCAACAUCAACUGCACCAGAACCAUCUAGGAAGCUCAAUCGGCGGCUCGUUGUUGUUAUUGGUAUUCCGACAGGUACUGUUGUUGGGAUUGUAGUUCUCUCUCUUGUGAUUAUCUGUAACGUUAAGAGAGGACACUUGUCAAGUAAGUCAACGGCCUGGUGGAAAAGAUAUGCAAAUAAUUAUCAUUUCAAUGCUCAUGAGAAAAUCAUAGCAAAUUUUGGAUCAAUGGCCCCAAAGCGAUAUACUUAUUCAGAUCUGAAGAAACUAACCAAGUCAUUCAAAGAUAAAGUAGGAGAAGGAGGAUUUGGUGUUGUAUACAAAGGGAAGUUACCUGAUGGGCGUAUCGUGGCGGUGAAAGUUUUGAGCAAAUCCAAAGAUAAUGGAGAAGAAUUUAUUAACGAGGUGGCAAGCAUUAGCAGAACAUCACAUGUUAAUAUAGUCUCUCUUUUGGGAUUUUGCUGCGAAAGGAGUAGAAGAGCUCUAAUAUAUGAAUUUGUGACUAAUGGAUCUCUUGACGGGUUCAUAUACGAUAAAGGAACUUUAGACAUUGCAAAUUGCCAUUUGGAAAAUAAGACCAUGUUCCAAAUUGCAAUUGGCAUUGCUCGAGGACUAGAGUACUUGCACAGUGGUUGCAGGACCAGGAUUCUACAUCUUGACAUCAAACCUCAUAAUAUACUUUUGGACAAGAAUUUUUGCCCGAAAAUCUCUGAUUUUGGCCUUGCAAAAAUGUGCAAAACAAGAGAUCAGAGUGUUGUGUCAAUGAUGGGCACCAGAGGAACCAUAGGAUAUAUUGCACCAGAAGUAUUUAGUCGGACCUUUGGUGGAGUCUCCCAUAAGUCUGAUGUCUACAGCUAUGGAAUGUUAGUUCUUGAAAUGGUUGGAGGAAGAAAAGAUAUUGAAGGUGGAAUCUCUGGUACCAGCGAAAAAUAUUUUCCGCAUGGGAUUUAUAAAAAACUUGAACAGGAUGAGAUUCUUGGCAAUUCUGAAGUUACAAGGGAUGAAGAAGACAUAGUAAAAAAGAUGAUAAUAGUAAGUUUAUGGUGCAUUCAGACCAAUCCUUUAGAUCGACCAUCUAUUGGAAAAGUUAUAGAGAUGUUGGAAGGUUCCACCCCUCAGUCCUUGCAAUUUCCUCCAAAGCCCUUCCUGAAUUCGCCUCCAAGGCCACCUAUAGAUUCUUCAACAACUUCAUUGUCAAUGUAAGGAUAAUAUGUUGGUAUAUUUUUAUGGAAAAACUUAAUUGUAAUA